CUUUACUAGAACUGCCUAUUGUCCCACGUUACCGGACAAAUUAACAUUUUGCUCAAAAACGGAGGUCAACUAAGAUAGAGAAAUGAAGGAUACACAGGAGAGAACUCUUCAUGUGGCCACCCCACUGAGGGAGAGUCUUGCCUUGACCAAAGUGGCAGGCACCUCGGUCUACCUGAAGCUGGACUCAUCCCAGCCCACAGGAUCCUUCAAGAUCAGGGGCAUUGGACACCUUUGCAAGACAUGGGCCGAACGAGGUUGCAAGAGAUUUGUCUGUUGUUCAGGAGGAAAUGCGGGCAUGGCGGCUGCCUACUCUGCCCGUAAGCUUGGGGCACCUGCCACGAUCGUCGUGCCCAGCGUUACCCCCAAACCAACAGUGGAGAGGCUAAGGGAUGAGGGUGCCGACGUGGUCAUACAUGGCAAGGCGCUGAAUGAGAGCAUUGAAUACGGACAACAGCUUGUGGCCAACAACCCUGGAUGGGUUUUCAUCUCUCCCUUUGAUGACCCACUCAUCUGGGAGGGCCACAUGUCACUUGUGCAGGAGCUGGAGUCCGAAAUGGACGAGAAGCCUGGUGCAAUAGUGUUGUCUGUUGGGGGUGGAGGCCUGAUGAAUGGGGUUGUCAAAGGACUGCACUGCGCAGGCUGGGACGAUGUCCCAGUCAUAGCUAUGGAGACUGUGGGGGCACACAGCCUCAAUGCUGCCAUGAAGGCUGGGAAGUUGGUCACUCUGCCUGAGAUAACAAGCAUUGCCACAACAUUGGGUUUGACAACAGUAUCUGCACAGUCCCUGAAAUUUGCUUGCGAAUACACAGUUUACUCUGAGAUAGUUACAGACCAGGAGGCUGUCAAAUCAGUUGAGCGCUUUGUUGACGAUGAGAAGGUGCUGGUGGAGCCGGCGUGUGGCGCUGCCUUGGCAGCUGUGUACUGUGACAUCAUUCCCAGACUCCAGAGGGAGGGCAAGCUGGCAUGGGACCUGGGCCCUGUGGUGAUCGUGGUGUGUGGAGGCAACAACAUCAGCUUGGAACAGCUCUAUAAACUGAAGAAGCAACUGGGCAUGUAGUUUCGCUAAGCAAUCCUUUUCUUCUAAAACCCAUUCCUUCAUUACGCUGAUUCUUUUGUGACUUUUUAACAGGAGUCACAAACCCUAUGGGGCCAAAUCAUUCCAAACUGUGUGCAGUAUAGGCUUACUCCUAUAUGCUUACUCCUAAACUCCUGAAUGGGGCUUCAGCCACAAGCAUGAACUGACUGGACCCAUCAAUAGCCCAAUGCUGUGAUAUGCAUUGAUAGUUGUCUUGUUAUUUGUGUCGAGCAUGUUUUAUGUAAGAUGUACUGGUUGUAUUUGAUUCAUUCUCUUUUUCAUUGUUUGAGUAAUAUUUAAAAA